AAUAUGUGAAUCGUUUGGUACAACGUUCUUUCGUUCCUCGUUCUUUGCCAUAGGAAGAUUGAAAGGAGACCACGUGUGCUUGAAUAUGGAAUCGUUAAAACAUGUAACAAAAAAGAGAAAAGCUUUAAAUGAUGAUGUAAGUAACAUAUUCGAAGACAAAAUAAAAGAGAGAUUAAAUUCAAAAUGUAUAGAAAACAAUAAAAAAAUCAAAUUUGAUUCGGUUAAAAAAAAAAAGAAAUUUACCGGAAAUAGUGAAAUAAUACAAAAUAACACUGAGAAUGCAAAAGAAAAAAGAAAAUCUCUUCCUGAAAUGAAGAAAGCUAAAAAAUUAAAACUUAAUUCUGAUACUACUAUUAAAAAGCAGAAAGCAAUUAUUAUAGAAGAUAUCGAAGUAAAAAGUAAUGGCGAUGAUAUUAAUCUCAAAGAUUUAUCAAAGGAGCAUAUACAACAGUGUAUUUUAGCUAUUUUUCAUCUAACAAAAGAACAAUUAAAAGAUACAAAUGUAUUAUUUUCUGAUGAAUAUCAGCCGAUAUUUAUGCAGGUUACUUGUAUCAGGAUACCACAAGUACCAAGAAGACAAGUAAGAAUUUUAUUACCUAAUUCUGUAGUAUCAUCAGAAGAUGAUAUCGCACUCAUUGUAUGUGAUCUGGAAAAAGGUAGAAGAAAGGAUUAUGAACCAACAGUAAAUUAUUAUAAAGAGUUACUUGAAAAAUGUGGAUGUACAAAAAUCAAAGACAUUAUACCCAUGAAUCAACUUAAGACUGAAUAUGAUCAAUAUGAAUUAAAAAGAAAACUCGUUGCAAGCUACGAUCACUUUUUAGUAGAUGGAAGAAUUGCUGGACACGUAUCGCAUUUAUUAGGAAAAAUAUUUUACAAUAAACGUAAACUUCCAACUUCCGUCAAAAUGGAUAAGAAAGAUUUAAAAAGUGAAAUUGAUUAUGCGCUAAGAAAAACAUCCAUGCGAUUACAUUCUUUGGCUGAUACUCAUGUAAUACAAGUAGCAAAUACCUCUAUGAAAAAGAAACAUAUUUUAGAUAAUGUUCUUGCUGUUUGUAACCAGUUGACCAAAACUUAUCCUGGUGGUUGGUCAAAUAUUCGUGCUAUUCGAUUAAAAACUCCUAUUGGUCUAGGAUUUCCUAUAUACAUGACAUUGAAAAAUAAGAAUACUGUAUAUAUUCCUGUUGUUAAACCUAAAAGACCAAAAGCAUAUUGUAAUGUUGAGGGAGAACUUACGACUUUAUCUAGCAAUGCCAAUGUCGUAGUUACUCCUGAGGGUAAUGUUAUAGUCAAGAAAACAUCUUCAAAGGAAUUUGAGGAUAAAAAAAGAAAAAACAAAGAAGAGGAAAGUAUAGAAAAUAAUAAGUAAUUUUAUAUUUUUAGAAUAUUAUUUAUUAAUUCUAAGAACAAAUUGUUAUUGAUUAUAUUACUCUAAGUAUAAAUACAUGC